UCCACCCGAGAACACACACACUGGCGCGCACACACACACUGCAGCAGAGAUAGAAAGUGCUGGACAGAGAGAGAGAGAGAGAGAGAGAGAGAGAGAGAGAGAGAGAGAGAGAGAGAGAUCACGCGACUUCACGCCAACGCGGCGUAUGCGAGCUGUAACGUGGCUGUAGUGGGGCUCGCGGUGUCGGUCACGGGUCAUGGGGGGAAACCUGGGGUGCCACCGCUCGCUGCCGGCGGACCCCGGGGACGUGCGGCAGCGCGGGCGCAAGUUCAGCGCGACCUGCAGCUUUGCGCACGUCUCCGCGCACAACCACGAGCGCCUGAACGUGAACGCGGCCAGCGAGGAGGAGCUAAUGACCCUACCUGGGGUCACCCGGGCCGUCGCGCGCGCCAUCGUGGAUCACCGCGCGCGCAUCGGCGGCUUCAGGAAAGUGGAGGACGUCGCCCUGGUGAGCGGCAUCGGUGCCGCCAAGCUGCAGCUCAUCAAGCCGGAAAUAUGCGUGUCGAGCCGUAGGCACAACAACAACGACCCGCGCAAUGAGCGCGAGCAGGACCACCGUGUCUCCGUGGCGCGCUCGUGGACCCCGUCCUCCCAGCCCAACUCCCCAACCGGCUGCAGCGAGCUGCGUCUCCCCCCCGGAGGACCAGCGUACAUGGCGUCCGAGCGGCCCGAAGUGCACCCUCCGCCGUGCGCGCGUCACGGAAAGCCGGUGGUGCGCGUGGCCACGUGGGACCUGCAGCGCUGCUCCAGCGAUAAAGCCAACAACCCCGGGGUCAAAGAGGUCGUGUGCAGGACCCUGCUGGAGCGCGACAUCAAGUUGUUAGCAGUUCAAGACCUGACUGAUCAGCAUGCACUCUAUAAGUUUUGCUCAGAGCUCAAUCAGCCAACUCUCUCCAGUGUGUGUAACUGGAAUGGCUCUCGUGGUGUGUGGAAAUGUGCUGCUUCUGGGAAACCCACUGGAGAGUCCUGUGAGGGUUCAGAAUAUUCUGGUUUCCUCUGGGACUCCUCGGCCGGCAUCCAGCUGAAAGAGGCCGUGGUUUUGGAAAGCGCUGCUGCUAACGGCAACGGGAGCGAAGUUCAGCCAAAAGCGUACCUUGGACACUUUUAUAUCGGAUCGUCCGAGCUCACCGUGGUCAACGUGCACCUCAAACCUCCGGCGGCGGCAGCGGCGAAGCAGCAGAAUGGGCGGAGCCACAAAUCUGACGAGAUGAAGACCCAUAAGCUGAGCCCUGGAGUGACAGAGGCUCUGAGAGGGGUGAAGAACGUGUUGGUUGUCGGGGGCUUUGGGCUUCCUCCAGACAACGCUCAGUUUGAGCCUCUGAAGAAGGAGAAGCUGAGCGCACUCGUGCCUUCCUCCAUCAACACCAACAUCAGCACCAAAGCGCCGCAGGGAUCCAGAUGUCUGGACAACAUCUGGGCCAGCCGUAGCAUCAAGAAGCUGUACACAGGUCAUUGCUCAGUCCUGAGGGAAGGCCUAACCAACCCCUGGAUCCCCGAUAACUGGUCAUGGGGCGGCGUGGCGUCAGAGCAUUGCCCCAUUGUGGCUGAGUUUUUUUCGGAUUGCAUAAAGGAGAAAACGACGAAGGAGCCGCUGCUCAACGGAGGCAGCAGUGUGGCCGUGGUGGAGAGGGAUGACAUCACACCCAAACAUGAGCGGUGACUUUUGCCCUUUGUUCUGUGGAGACUGCCGUGGUGGUAUGACAUCACAGCAGAGAGACUGAAAUGGACUGAAACUGCGUCUUUGCCAGCUGUUGUACAGUAGAAAUCAUUUUAAAUUUAGAGAAGUAAUCAGAUAUUAAGGGAGAUGAGAGAUAUGUAUUUAUUCAAUUUUUCACAUUACACAUGUGCUAAAAACUUUUUAAUGAAGUAUCUGGAAUAAAGCAAUACUGAGAAUUUAACUGA